AUGCAAUUCUCCCAACUCGAAGAUACGCCGAUGUUUCGGCAAGAGAUACAAUGCGUGGAAGAGAAUGCAGAGCUGAUGCGAGGAAGAUGCUUAAAGUUUUAUAAAGGAUGUCGAAAAUACACAGAAGGGCUUGUAGAAGGCUAUGCUGGUGACAUUGCUUUUGUGAACGCCCUUGAAACGUUUGGAGGGGAUCAAAAUGAUCCUACAUGUGUUGCUUUUGGAGGUCCAGUCAUGAACAAAUUCAUUGUUGCAUUCAGAGAAAUUACCUCAUACAAGGAAGCUCUUCGCUCACAGACAGAGCACAUGCUAAAUGAUAGGUUGCUUCAGUUUGUCAAUGUUGAUCUGCAAGAUAUUAAGGAUGCCCGAAAACCUUUUGACAAGGCUUCACUUGCAUAUGAUCAGGCACGGGAGAAGUUUAUGUCUUUAAGGAAAAGCACUAAGACUGACGUGGCUGCAGCCAUAGAGGAGGAAUUACUUACUGCUAAAACCUCAUUUGAGCUAGCCCGCUUCAAUCUGGUUAGCGCUCUAUUCAAGUUUGAAUCCAAAAAGGGGUUUGAAUUUUUGGAGGCUGUCAGCGGGAUGAUGGAAGCUCACCUACGAUUCUUCAAACAGGGAUACGAACUCUUGAAUAGGAUGGAACCGUUUAUUAACCAGGUCUUAGAUUACGCACAGAAGUCUAGGGAAUGUUCGAACUAUGAGCAGGAAUCUCUAAGUGAAAGGAUGCAGGAACAUAUCAGACAGAUUGAACAGGGUAAGCUGUCCUUAACUGGCUACACCAGUCCUUCUGUUGCCGAUGGCAUGCAACCUUACACAAGGGGAUCCCAAAAAAUUAUUGAGGCAGUUAUGCAAUCUGCCGCAAACGGAAAGGUCCAAACCAUACGACAAGGUUAUCUUUCAAAACGUUCCUCAAACCUGAGAGGUGAUUGGAAGAGAAGGUUUUUUGUUCUGGACAGUCGAGGGAUGUUGUACUACUAUCGUAAACCAUUUGCAUGGUCUUCUGCAGGUGGAAGUCAGUCUACUACACAAAAGAGCAGUUCUGAAAAUGGUCAAGGGCUGCUGAGUCGAUGGCUUUCCAAUCAUUACCAUAGUGGUGCAAAUGAUGAAAAGUCUGUUACACGUCACACAGUAAACUUGUUGACAUCAACAAUCAAGGUUGACGCGGAUCAGUCUGAUUUGAUGUUCUGUUUCAGAAUUAUCUCACCAACAAAAAUCUAUACAUUGCAGGCAGAAAAUGCACUAGACCAGAGGGAUUGGAUUGAAAAAAUAACUGGAGUGAUUACUUCAUUAUUGAGUUCCCAAACACCUGAAUCGUCUCUCUCUGCUUUCCCCAUGAGAAGUGGUGGUGGUGAUAAUAACUUGACUAGUGACAGUUCAUUAGUGGAGUGCCCUGAUGGAUUUCAGACAACAACAAGACAAUAUAUGCCUAAGAUUCCCUCCACUGGAAGUCUUUCAGAUAUUCCUAAAAGUUUGCAGCAUCAAGAAAAUUACGAAAAGAAUGAAAAGCCAAUUGAUAUCCUAAGAAAAGUACCCGGGAAUGAUAAAUGUGCCGAUUGUGGUGAACCUGAGCCAGACUGGGCAUCUUUAAACCUUGGUUUACUCAUAUGCAUCGAAUGUUCUGGAGUUCAUCGCAAUCUUGGCGUACAUAUAUCAAAGGUAAGAUCACUGAAACUUGAUGUUAAAGUGUGGGAACCUUCUGUGUUGGCUUUGUUUCAAUCACUGGGAAAUUUCUAUGUGAAUUCAAUCUGGGAGGAGUUGAACUCCGGACAUACAAAAACUGUCUUACCUGUGGGUUCUUCCAAGUCUGAAGGACAAAAACAGCUUCCCAAAACGAAACCUUCUCACGAUGACCCAAUUUCAGCGAAGGAGUUGUUUAUUCAUGCAAAGUAUGCAGAGAAAGCUUUUGUUUGUAAGUUAACAGACAAUCCGUGUCUCCUUUCGGUAGCAGAAGAGGUGUGGGAAAGUGUUCGUUCUAAUGACCCGAAGGCUCUAUACCGCCACAUUGUUUGCAAUGGAGCAGAUGUUAAUACCAUUUAUGGUCAUCAAUCAUAUUGUACAUACUCCCCCUCUGUCCACAAACUCCAGAUUAAUGUAAUGGGAAAAACCAAAGAAAUUGACUCACGCGACCAAUCAAGAUCCUCAAACCUGUUAAAUGAAAGAGGAGAUCAGAUCGAAAAGGAACAUUUUGACGGUUGUUCACUGCUACAUCUUGCCUGUUUAAACACGGAUAUCGGCAUGGUGGAGCUACUGCUUCAGUAUGGAGCAAAUGUAAAUGCAUCUGACUCAAGAGGCCGCGUGCCCCUCCAUCUUUGCCUCGUUGGCAGAAAAUUUGCGAUAGCGAAAUUGCUUAUGUCAAGGGGAGCAGACCCACAGGCUGUGGAUGGAGAAGGUAAAACUCCUCUUCAGCUUGCAUUGGCAUCAGGUAUCAAUGAUAAUGAGGUUUUGGCACUCUUUAACAGAUCGUAGUAUAAUAGUUCAGAAUCCCAAAAAUGAACGUUAGACACC